GUUCCUCCAGUUACUUCUCUUACCAGCUGUACUGUUGUACUUUUAACAGACAAACAUACCGAGAGAGACAUUGUGCAUUCAUUUAUCUCUACCGGUAGGUUGGGGUGUCUGCUUCAUGAAUGGCCUUGGAAACGUUCCCAUCUGAUCCGCUAUCUCCUCUGCACUGGAAUCUCAUCCUGCUGGGAGCGUCGACCCUGGUGAUGAUGAUCCUCCUGGUUGUGAUGUGCAGUCACUGUGGGAAGAGAAAAUCUGAUAAAACGAGUGACCCUGAGCGCAGUGAAGGGACUGAACUGGCUUCAUUACCACAGACCACCGCAGCGGAGAAUGAGAUUUGGAAGCAGAAUACAAACGCAUCAACUGCCGCGCAACCCAAACAGCAAGCCACGGACAGAGAAAAAGUUGAGAAAAGAAACGCCGAUAUCAAGCCUAAAGGGAAGGCGAAGAAGAAAGCGCGGGAGUCAGCUAGACCCCAGAAAGAGGACUCCCCUGACAUGGGCGGUAUCACAGAUACUGACAAAGAUGAACGCGGUAAAGUGCAAACCGUUCGGGCGCUCCCCGAACUGCCCGGGGCUACGGGGCAAGUCAUCCGGAGACACAGCAGCUACAACAACAGCUCAAACGUGUACGACGUGGUUUCUGAGGUCAUGAACGAGUGGCCGCUGGAGUCUAGGACCCUCUGCAAGCAGACCUCAGACAGCAGCAACCUUUAUGAUGAGAUACGGACGAUGGAAGAGCGCAAAACCGUCUCGGUCUACACCAAAAUCAACAAGCCCAAACCGAGCGGCUUCUCGCCGCAGCCGGGAGCCCAGGUGGGAGCCACGCCAGAGACUCAAGAGAUGCCGCUGUAUGCUAAAGUGAACAAGCCACGGACCAGGGCAGUGCAAUCCGAAAUAAUAACCUAGCAUGCACGCUGCAGCAGAAAGUAUAAAUCGUGUUUGUGUUUAUUCGGGGAAAAAAAAUGCACACUCCUUAUAGAGAACAUUUCCAUUCGUUAGAGGUGUGACGCAAUCCAAAAUGAGUGCUGUGACAGGUCUUUUAACGUUGUAUUAGAUGUUAUUCUAAGUGAAUGUGGAGAGAUUGGACGCUGUGUUUCCGCGUGCCAAUGCAUCUCGGAUCUCUUCUUUUUAAAACUUUCUAUUGAUUUUCAAAAGGAAAUAAAGAACACGUGAAGCUAUCUAUGCAGAAGAUUGUGUAUUAAAAACAAACGAGUGCUGUUAACAUAUUAUUGUAGUAUAACGUCAGCUGUGACAUUAAGUAGAAAACAACAGGUAGUAUUAGAUAUAUAACUGUUCUCCAUGACAAACCAUUUCUAGAGAAAUGUGCUUAAUAAAAA